GUAGGGUGGGUCCCAGCAGAGCGGACCUGAGGAGCGAAGGAGGGGGUCUCAUCCAGAAGGAGAACGGCACGGAGAGAGCUAUUGUGCGGAGCAGAAAUAGAGUUUCCCAUUUUUCAAGAAGGACAGCACAGAGGACAGAGACAAGAUGAUGCUGAGAGUGGAGGAACUGGUGACUGGGACAAAGAACGAUGGCAAAGAAACAAGAAAUUUCCUACCAGAGGAUUUCAAAAAUGGAGACUACGAAUCUGCUAAAACCUUAGAGAAACAAGAGGAUCGGAAAACACUUCGGACACUUCGCUUUGGGGCUCUGGAAAGUCAAACUGAGGAAAUUGAGAAGCAGCGAGAGGCUGAGCUCAAGAAGAAAAAACUUGAGCAGCGAUCAAAGCUUGAAAGUUUAGAAGAUCUUGAAAAAAUCAUUCACCUGAAGAAGAGGAAAAAAUGCAAGAAUGUAAAAGUCCCAGUAUUAAAGGAACCGGAGCCUGAAGUGAUAACAGAAGCUGUGGACAUCCCUCUAUUUCUGAAGGCUGCCCUGGAGAACAGAAUGCCAAUAAUAGAAAAGUUCUUGUCAGACCAGAAGACUCCAGAUGUCUGCGAUGAGUACAAAAGGACGGCCCUUCACCGAGCAUGCUCAGAAGGACACUUGGCAAUUGUGGAAAAGCUGAUAGAAGCUGGAGCCCAAAUUGAAUUCCAAGAUAUGCUGGAGUCCACCGGCCUUCACUGGGCGAGCCGAGGAGGAAACCUGGACGUUCUGAAGUUCUUGCUGAACAAAGGAGCCAAAAUCAACCCCCGAGAUAAGUUGCUCAGCACCCCUUUGCAUGUGGCAGUGAGGACAGGGCACUAUGAAUGUGCGGAACACCUCAUCGCCUGUGAAGCGGACCUCAACACCAAAGACAGAGAAGGAGACACCCCCUUGCAUGACGCAGUGAGACUGAAUCGUUAUAAAAUGAUCCGACUCCUUAUUCUUCACGGGGCCAACCUCACCAUCAAGAAUUGCGAAGGAAAAACCCCGAUGGACCUCGUUCUCCAGUGGCAGAACGGCACGAAGGAGAUCUUCAGCAGCCUGAAGGAGGAAAGCUUCCACCCAUUCCUCCAGCCCUGCUCCACAGAAAGCACAUAAAACCCCCAAAUCUCCAAGAACAGCAAUCGUAAAAGCCUUGACUGAUAGGACUAAGAAGGGAAAAUUAUGCAGAAAAUAAUUUGGAAGGCCUAGUUUAAUUAGGGCUUAAAAUCCCCCUUGGUGUACUUAAACUUUAUUUAUUCUUCUUAUUUAUUUAUUUAUUUAUGUAUUUUGUUAGUAAUUUCAUGAAUAUUCCAAUGCUAAUCAAGGCUUAUUAUGUAACUUUAUCAGAGAGCUCCAGGAACCUUAAUAUAGACAAUCUUCCUGGAAUCCUGUCCCCAAAUGCACAUGCCACUUUUGAGUUGCCUUUUCAGAGGGAAGAGAAGCACUGCAGGUCAGAAGAUGGAGAAGAGCGUGGGUCGGAGGAGGGCCCAACUGAGAGGCCAAAAUUCAGUUCUGGUUAGAGCCAGGCUGGGAAAGGCGACGAUGGGGAGGCGGAGAGGGUCCAGGCCUCCAGGGCCUCUGAGACCCCAAGCUGAGUCCCAGAGG